GCUCAGGCAGCGUCACCCGCCUGGCUCCACCCCCCCAAAAAUCGCAGGGGGCUUCGCUGUGACCCCGGCGCUGGGAUGGCAGCGGGACAGUCGGACCGCGGCGGGACGGCGGGACAGUUCCCAGCCGAGGUGGUGGCUGGAGCGCUCCGGGGGGAUCCAGCCAGGGCGUUUGCCAGUCGCUUUGUUGCUGCUGAGGGAUUUUUUUUUUUUAGGAUUAUUAUUAUUUUGAAGGGGAGGGUGAGGAGGGGGGGCUGACACUGGCUAUAAAGGCAGAGCUCUCCGGAGCAGACUGCACUUUCCCCGCCACCAUGAGAGCUCCCCGGGCCUGACAGCCCCAGCCUGCCCCAGUGUCACCGGCUCAUGCUGCCCUGAAUCGUGGCUGCGCGCCCGGAGCCCGGGGUGGGAUGGUGUGAGCCCGGAGCCGCUCCUCGCCCUCCCACCGCCCCUCACCGGCUCUGGCAGGAGCCGAGCCCGCCAGCCGCUUGGAUGAUUUGAUUCCUUCCCUGCCCGAAAUCACUCCUGCCCAGAUGCAGUGGAUAAUAUUCAUGUUGCUGUUAUUCAUCAGCUCCAUGGAAAUGCUCACGCAGAACCGAUGGAAGAAGCAAGCGAGUGCUGGCCUGCUGGAAAACUGCACAGGCUGCAUCCUGUGCUCUGAGGACAACGGCUGCAUCACCUGCCACCACCGGCUCUUCCUGCUCAUCUGGAGGGACGGCAUCCGCCAGUACGGGAUGUGCGUCCACACUUGCCCGCCCGGCUACUUCGGUGUGCGGGGUCUGGAGGUCAACAGAUGCACAAAGUGCAGGUCGCCCAGCUGCGAGAGCUGCUUCAGCAGAGACUUCUGCAUGAAGUGCAAGGACAAGUUUUACUUGUACAAGGGCCAGUGUUUUCGGCAGUGCCCCCCCAGCACUGCGGCACAGCCUGGCACCCGAGAGUGCCAAGAGACGUGCGAGCCGGGGCCGUGGAGCGAGUGGAGCGCCUGCACCCACGAGAGCCGGACCUGCGGCUGCAAGUGGGGGGUGGAGACGCGGGUGCGGGAGGUGCCGGACGCUGCCCGGGAGGAGGGGGCUGCCUGCCCCCCGCUGCAGGAGAGCAGGAGGUGCCGCAUGAAGAAGCACUGCCCGGGAGACAAAACUGAACCCAGAAAUAAAAGCAAAAAGCGACAGAAGAAGCCGAAGACAGAACAGCACAUGGGUACCUAGCAGGCACCAGCACAGGAGCUGGAGCACCAUGGUGGGAGCUCCCAACCAGCUCCUGCCACGGUGCCCUGGCCACAUCACCCCCAUUUUUCCAUCCACCAAAAAAAAAAAAAAUUGCACAAUUUUCUCUGCCCCCCCUUCCCCCUUCCCCCUUUUUCUUUUGAGAAAAUUUAUGGCCUGUAAAACACUUCCUUUUCAGAGAAUCUAAUUUGUAGUGUCCAAAGCAAAGCCCUGGGGCUUGGGGAAGGGGUGGCUCCUUUAUUCCUCUUUUUUUCCUUCUCCCCUAGCCUGCUCCUUCCUUUCCUCCAGAUGGGUGGGAUGGGGUUGGACCAAGGGUUGGACCCUGCUAAUGAAGAUGAUGCCUGCCUGGACACUGUCCCCCAGGGCUGGGAGAUGCCCUGUCCCCACAGGGUCCCUAUUUUACAGGAGUGCUGGGGGCACAGCACACCACUGAGCUGCUCCAGGUGCUGGAUAGGGUCCCCCAUCCUCAGCUACUGGCACAGGGAGCCACGGGACUCCCAGGGUUGAGACUCCAAGGUCGGGACCCCACUGGGGACCAUGUCACUGCUCACAGCAGCCCAACCUGGUGCUCAGCAUCCCCACUAGCACAACCACGGGCCAAAUCCUGCUGUCCUGGGGCUCGGAGGGCAGCUGGACCCCCAGACUGGGAACCCUUCUGGGGACCAUGCCAGCCCAGCACUCAUCAUCUCCACGGGCCAAAUUCUGCCAUCCUCUGGUUGACAGAGAGGAUGGAGCAGCUUCCCUCCCCGGCUGGAUGUGGGCACGGGAAUGUGGGGUGACUGUGGCCAUCUUUGGUCCAGGACAGGGACACAUACACUGUAAGUGCCAGCCCAGUCAGGGGAUGCCGCUGCCUCCUGUGCAGCGCUGCAGCCCCUCCCAGCCAUCCCCGGGGGCACGACAGGGAGGUGCUGAGCCCCGCCGUGCCGCUCUGACCCUCCAAGCCGGCAGCCAGACUGUGCGCGUCCGGAGGACUGUAUCGGUUUAUUUACCACGUGUGUGCUCAAAUCGCUGCCCCAGCGGCAGGCAGCUCUGCGUUUGGGGGGUUGCCGGGGUCCGAGCCCCCCAUCCCUGCCCUGAGCGUGGGCGGGGGGUGGCCGCGGUGUGUCAGGGCUGCGGGGGCCGCACAGACCCUUCAGGACGGGAGCGCUGGGUGUCAGCAGCGAGCCAGUCCCGGAGCCGGCGCGAAGCUGCCGGAGCAGCUCCUCGGAUCUCUUCGCGGCAAAUAAAUGGAUUAACCCCCCGGCAUC